AUGCUGCAAGCACUGACUGGACCACAGUUUCAGCUCAGAGGAAAGCUACAGGAUCAAGAGUGGACGGACAAGCACCCUCAAGAACAAGCCCAUGCACAUUAUUCACAGUGUCAUAUACCAGUUUCACAGUAUCCUGGCUUCAAUGGAUUUUUUCCAGUGGGAACAUACUUUUCAUCAGACAAAGCUCCAGCAAUUUCAGAGGUACAAACUCACUUGGAAAAUCAGUCUAGAUACCAUAUACAGCAAAGCCAGAGGCACCAAGUGAAGCAGUACCUGACCCUUGAUACCAAGCUGUCCAGCCAAACGCUCUCCCUGUCCCACUCCCACACAAUCCAGCCUGCAGGUGUUGCUUCCUUAUUAAGAAACGGACAUAUGCCUCCCAUCAGUGACAUUGGCACACCGGAAAGUCCAGUUACCAAGCUGUUGGCCCUUGGAGGAGAACAUGAAAAUGCGAUGGAAGAGGUUAUUGAUGACAUAAUCAAUAUGGAAUCAAGUUUUAAUGAUGAAGGUCCCCUACUAAUGCAAAGAACUCUCUCUAGCAGCAUUUUGGACAUAUAUAGCAGUGACCAGGGAAUGGCACCAGCUAAUAUGGGUCUCACAAAUGCUUCCUGCCCAGCUACUCUACCUGUAAAAAGGGAACUCACAGAAGCAGAUACACGAGCAAUGGCAAAGGAGAGACAAAAAAAGGAUAAUCAUAAUCUCAUUGAGAGAAGAAGGAGGUAUAAUAUUAAUUACCGAAUCAAGGAGCUUGGCACACUCAUCCCCAAAUCUAAUGAUCCUGAUAUGCGCUGGAACAAAGGAACUAUUUUAAAAGCAUCAGUGGAGUACAUCAAGUGGCUACAAAAAGAACAACAGAGAGCCAGAGAAUUAGAGCACAGGCAGAAGAAAUUAGAGCAUGCUAACAGAAGACUUCUGCUUCGAAUUCAGGAAUUAGAGAUACAGGCUCGUGCACACGGUCUUCCUGUCAUGUCUUCGCUCAGUGCUGUAGAUUUAGCUGCUCAGGUCAUCAAGCAACAGUCUUACCCAGAGGAGAACUCUGUAGACUACUCUCAACAAAUGUCUCUGGCACAUGGACCAAAUUCUGAUGUUUGUGAUAGAUCAACAGGCUUUUCCGAUCCACUUUCACACUUCACAGAUUUGUCCUUUAGUGCAGCUUUAAAAGAAGAACAACGGCUAGAGGAAAUUUUACUGGAUGACACAGUAUCACCAUUUGGAACAGACCCGCUCUUGUCUUCCACAUCACCAGCUGCAUCGAAAGAGAGCAGCAGGAGAAGCAGCUUCAGUACCGAUGAUGGAGAGGAUUUAUAA